AUGAGAUGCCCACAGCCUUUCGUCGCUCUGGUAUCAUUUUGUUUGCUUUCCUCGAAUGCCGUCUUCGCCGAUGAUACCACCACCGUCCCGAUCUACCUGCCGCAUUAUGACGCGAAUAGCUGGUCGCAGCUGCGGGGGAGCGUAAUUUCAAGUAAUGCUAAGGAAACAACGUACACCAUUUUCUGCGCGCCACAAACACCGCCCAAUUGCGACCUCGCCGUCGAGUUCCCCUUCAUCUUCGCCGAGGGCGAGAACACGCUCCAGUUCCACGGCACCAAGACAUCAACUCUUAUCGCCGACCUGGGCUGCACAUUGAGCGGAACGACAGCUGCAACAUGUUCAGGGUACUCGAGUCUGAAAAGCGGAUACGUCAACGGCAAAUUAACGGGACCGACCGAAGUAUCGUGGACUUCAACCAUAACCGGCUCCGAGGUGGAAUGGGGCAUUUUGACCUUGGCUGAGGAGCCUGCGGCUACAGCAACCCCAGUGACGACCACGACCGCCGACGAUUCGAACUUCGAUGACUUCUUAUACACGGACAGCCUCUCCCCCUCGUUACCAGCCGAAACCAAUCCAAGCGCUGCCCCUCAUUUUGACAUCGGCUGGGCUCUCAUAGCCUCAUUAUGCAGCAUGGCCGUUGCCGCUUUGGUGGUGUAA